AUGCCACGAAAUAAUCGUCGAUCGCGUCAAGAAUUAAUUGAGCAAGAGGGCAGGAUCCAACUUGCAAUAAACGCGUUAAAAAACCACGAAAUCGCGUCUGUACGUCGAGCAGCAGCAGUUUUUAAUGUUCCGCGUGGUACGCUCCGAGAUCGACUUCAGGGUCAACAAAAUCAGCAAGAACUCUACAACCAGAAUAUGAGGCUAUCUAAAACUCAAGAGGAUUACUUAGUACAAUGGAUUAUAUCCAGGGAUGAGCGCGGAUGUGCCCCAAGACACUCUCACAUCCAGGAAAUGGCCAAGAUUAUACUCCAGUCAGAUUCCGCAACCCCUCCGGAUCCCCUAGGGGGAAACUGGGUCACCAACUUCCUAAAGCGUCAUCCUGAGCUAAAAUCUCGUUUUAUAAGACGCUAUAAUCGACAGCGGGCACAGUGUGAGGAUCCUAAAGUUAUUAUGGACUGGUUUAAUACCUAUAAAACUAUCUGCAAUGACAAAGGCAUCCUCCCCGAUGAUAUCUAUAAUUUCGACGAAACUGGCUUCGCGAUGGGCCUUAUUGCAACUGCAAGAGUAGUUGCAAGACGCGACAUGCCUGGAAAGCCUUAUCUUAUUCAGCCAGGGAACCGGGAAUGGGUGACUAUAAUUGAAUGUAUCAACACCAGAGGUUGGGCUAUCCCGUCCACGAUUAUCUUCAAAGGAAAGGUUUAUAUUGAGGGCUGGUAUUCAGAGCAACGCAUCCCUGGAGACUGGCAUAUUGAGGUUAGCAAGAAUGGCUGGACAACCGAUGAAAUAGGCCUUCGUUGGCUUCAAAACUGCUUUAUUCCUACAACUACACCCCGUAUAGUGGCCCGAUAUCGAAUGCUAGUUCUAGACGGCCAUGGAAGUCAUCUAACACCUGAAUUCGAUAAGAUCUGUCAAGAUAAUGAUAUUAUACCGCUUUGCAUGCCUUCGCAUUCAUCUCACCUUCUUCAACCGCUAGAUGUCGGUUGUUUUGGGCCUCUAAAGCGGGCAUAUGGAGGCCUUAUUGAAUUGAGAUCCUGA